UUUCUAAAUAAAAUAAUAGAUUUAUUUAGAGAAUAAAAUAAAAAAUAUGGAAGUAUAUAAUGGAGCAAUAGGGAUUGAUCUUGGAACAACAUAUUCAUGUUGUGCAGUAUGGACAGAUGAUAGUCCUAAUGUAGAGAUAAUUGCGAAUGACCAAGGAAAUAGAACGACACCAUCAUAUGUAGCGUUUGUUGAAAAUGAACGUCUAAUAGGAGAAUCGGCAAAGAACCAAGCAGCUAUAAAUCCCAGAAAUACAAUUUUUGAUGUAAAACGCCUUAUUGGAAGACGAUAUGAUGAUCCGGAUGUCAGAAAUGAUAUAAAAACAUGGCCUUUUAAAGUGAUUGAUAUAGAUGGAUCGCCUCAGAUAGAAGUGGAAUAUUUAGAUGAAAAAAAGGUAUUUUCACCUCAGGAGAUUUCAGCAAUGGUAUUGGCAAAGAUGAAAGAAAUAGCGGAAAUUAAGUUAAAUAAAAAAGUUGAAAAAGCGGUUAUAACGGUUCCAGCAUAUUUUUCAGAUAGUCAACGUCUUGCUACAAAAGAUGCGGGAGCUAUUGCAGGAUUAAAUGUUCUUCGUAUUAUUAAUGAACCCACAGCAGCAGCAAUUGCUUAUGGUCUUGAUUCUAAAUCAGAGAAGGAGAAAAAUGUCUUAAUUUUUGAUUUAGGAGGGGGUACAUUUGAUGUAUCUUUAUUAACAAUUCAAGGGGGAAUUUUUUCUGUUAGAGCAACUGCUGGUGAUACACAUUUAGGAGGAGAGGAUUUUGAUAAUAAUCUUUUAGAAUAUUUUAAGGCAGAAUUUAAACGUAAAACUAAACUAGAUCUUGAUGAUGACCCUCGUGCUUUACGACGCUUAAGAACAGCAUGUGAACGUGCUAAAAGAGCAUUAUCUAGUGUUAUGCAAACUACUGUUGAAGUUGAUUCAUUAAAAGAUGGCCAUGAUUUCACUUGUAAUAUUAAUCGUGCUCGUUUUGAAGAUAUUAACUCAAAAAUCUUUCAUUCAACUCUUGAACCUGUUGAAAGGGUUCUUAAAGAUUCAAAAAUUGAAAAAUCUAAAAUAGACGAUAUUGUUUUAGUUGGAGGAUCAACUCGUAUUCCAGGUAUUCAAAAACUUGUUUCAGGAUAUUUUGAUAAUAAACCUCUCAAUAAAUCCAUAAAUCCUGACGAAUGUGUUGCAUAUGGAGCAGCAGUUCAGGCUGCAAUUUUGACAAAUAAAGCAAAUUCAGAAAAAACAUCUGAUCUUCUUUUACUUGAUGUCUGUCCUCUUUCUUUUGGAGUUGCUAUGGAAGGUAAUAUUUUUGGCGUAGUUGUUCCAAGAAACACUCCAAUUCCAACAAUUAAGAAAAAAACUUUUACUACUGUCAAAGAUUGCCAAACAACUGUUGUAUUUCCUGUAUACCAAGGUGAACGGGUCAAUUGUUUAGAGAACGAAUUUCUUGGGGAAUUCGAACUUCAAGACAUUCCUCCUCUUCAAAAAGGUCAAGCUGAACUUGAAGCAAUCUUCGAAAUAGACGCAAAUGGCAUUCUAAAGGUUACUGCAAAAGAAAAAUCUACUGGGAAAUCUGCCCAUAUCGAAAUCUCAAAUAGCGUUGGACGAUUAUCUUCACAACAAAUUCAAGAUAUGAUUAAUAACGCUAAAAAAUUUUACGAAAAAGAUAAAGAGUUUUCUAAAAGAGUAGAACUCAAACAAACACUCGAAGCUUAUAUUUCUUCAAUUGAAUCAACUAUUAACGAUCCUAGUAUUGCAAUGAAACUUAAAAAAUCACAGAGAAAAAAUAUAGAAAAUGCACUUGCCGAUGCUAUGAGCGCUUUAGAAAUUGAAGACUAUGAUACACUCAAACGUACUGAACUAGAUCUUAAACGUAUCACAACAAAAACUUUUUCUCUUUUAAGAUAAUAUUAUCUUUCAACUCUUCUUUUUUUAUUCAAAAUAACAACAAUUCC